GAAAUAAUUUUCCUUUUCUUUUUAUAGACAAUGGAAGAGCUAAGACAGACUCUUGUGUACACAUCAAUGGAGCUAGAACAAACAAAGCUGGUGGCUCAAGAGGAACUAAGGAAGAGAGAUGAACAAUUGAUCAAUCUAGAAGAUGUUUUAACCAAAACCCUCAAAGAAAGAGACGAAGCUCUAGAGAAAUGUCACCAACUCCUCUUCAACAAUCUCUUACUUCAACAGAAACAGCAACAAAAUCAGAAACAAGAACAUGUCACUCCUCCUUUAUCAGGAGCUUCAAGCAUUAUUGAAGACGAGCAAGUUCAGCCACAGCAGCCGCAGCUUAACUCAAACAAGAGCUUUUCGUCUUCAGACACCGAAGAAAGCAUCAUGUCACCAUCAGUGAUUGAUCCGGUGACGAUGAACCAACAGAUUGAGGUCUCAGGAGAUGAGUUGAUGGCUACAUUGUUGCCUGAAAAGCCACUGCCUGAAAAGGGAAAACUCUUACAAGCUGUUAUCAAGGCAGGUCCUUUGCUUCAAACACUCCUCUUAGCCGGUCCUCUGCCUCAAUGGCGCCACCCGCCGCCACCACUUGAGACCUCUGAGAUCCCUCCAGUCACCAUCCCACCACCUCAGUUUCAGAACAAUGGUUGUGGGAACUCCAACAAGAAAAGGGCAUUCUCAAUCUCAAAUGAAACUUAUUCAGAGACUAAGUAUCAGAAACUUCUUCUCCAUUAACCAGACAUUGGGCCGGCCCGAGCUGCUACUGAUCUUUGAUCCUUACUCAACAAAAUACUAAUAUAUAGUCUUUCUAAUAUACCAUAUACAAGAUCACUUUUCAGUAUUAAUCUCACUUAGGGUACUAGUGAGAGUGAUCAUUUUAGUCAGUUUUCUGUAGAUAGAGCUUGAUUUAAAGUUGUGGAGAGUGAAUCUGAUCCAUUUAGGGUUUAGAUUUAGAGAGUGAUGGGAAUGAAACUCCCCCUGGUUU